AUGGGCAGAAGGUUGGCCUUGCUCAUCUGUGUGGCGCUCUUGUCCGCGGCAAUGGCGAACGGCACCAGGCCUGCCGCAGGGACUGUUGGCGGCGCCGCCACCGCUCCUCCUGCUAGCCCUGUUGUCGCAACAACGCCGACUACUGCUGGUGUAGUUAGGACGCGCCGCCGGCGGCGGCGGCGGACAGACAACAAGAGGAAGGUGCCCAACGGACCUGAUCCUAUUCAUAACAGGAGAGCGAGAUGGGGAGAAGCACCGUCGAAGAGAGUGUAG